AUGUCGUCAACGCAACGAAGAGGUCACAGCAUGCGGAUACCGCCCUUCUUCCGCAGACUAUUCAAGUUCACAUCCAUGGACUUUGAAACAGCAGUCUGGGAAAUGACAUAUCUUAUAAUCGCUCCGAAGAAAGUCUUCAGGAAUAUCUAUUACCACAAACAAACCAAAAACACCUACCAUCGGGCAGAUCCGGCUUUCUCAUAUCUGCUCUCCCUUUUUCUGGCACUGACUGGACUCGCCUGGGGAUUGGCAUACGCGAAUGGCUUCGGCAGGACCAUCUCAGUUGCAUUCGCCUUUGUACUCGGCCACUUUCUCGGCACUUCACUCCUGGUCUCAACAGCAAUGUUCUUCCUCGUUGGCCGAGUCCUGGGCAAAAAGAGGCAAGGCCUGUUUGGGCCACCAGUGGGCGGUGAAGAUGGCCUGGAGUUUGGCUAUUGCUUCGACGUCUCAAUCCGCGCCUUCCUCCCCGUCUGGGUCUUCCUCUACGUCCUCCAAUUCCUCCUCAUGCCACUCAUCAAACAAGACUACUGGGUCUCCAACUUCUUCGGCAACACGAUGUACCUGCUCGCGCUGAGCUACUACUUCGUCAUCACAUUCUUGGGCUACAACGCUCUGCCCUUCCUCAUUCGAACCGAGAUCCUCCUCGCACCCAUACCCGUCCUCGUCGUGCUCUGGUUCAUCAGCCUCUUCACCUUCGACUGCGCGACAAAUCUCGCGCCCGUCUUGUGGUGUGGCGUCAGACUCCGAAAGCCAGUAUAA